AUGGUGGCCGGGUGGGGCAGACGGGCUCCCCGGGGACCCCUCCCCUGCCUCCCGAGGGGAGGGGCUCCGGCAGGGCGGGGGUCUUUCUCCCCGCUGACCUCGGAAGCCUUUCCCGCAGACCUGGAGCAGCUCUACUUGGGCCUGCAUUACAGCGAGCGCAGCCUGUCCCGGCCUCUGGAAGGCAGCCCCCUCCUCACCUGGAAGUGGCGGCACAGCCUGCGGGAGCUCGACCUGACCAGCCAGGGCUUCAGCGAGGAGGACCUGGAGGAGGCCAUGGCCGCCUUCACUCAGGGAGGGGCUCCGCUGCUGCGCUCCCUCAGCCUCACGGGGACCAAGAUUGCCCUCCGGACCGUCAGGACCCUGAUUGCCAGCUGCCCCUCCCUCAGCUACCUCAACCUCUCCUCCUGCCGCCAGCUGCCCCGGGGCACCAAGAAGGCCUAUCGCGGCCGGGAUGAGAUCCGCCAGUGUUUGCAGCAGCUCUUGACCGGCUUGGAAGACCCAGAGACCCCAGAGGGGGGGGCAACUUGAGGCCUGCGACCCCUGAACUCUCUGGGGCAGCACAAGCCCUCCUUCCCAGAGCUGCCGAGUUGGGCCCCCUCCCCGUCUUGCAGGAUGGACGGCUGGCCCUCCGCUCCCAAUUCGAAGGGGCACCCCCCCCCCCCCCCUCCCUCCCCCAGCCUCAGGAAGUCCAGCAUGGAAGCACCUUCACGUUUGACUCUGACUUUUGUACGUAUUUCUCUUUUCUAAGGUUUGUAGACUCAGGUCCGGUCCGAAUAAAAGGACACUUGUUUUUUUUUGUCA